AUGGGUGGCAAUAGCUCUCCGCAUUAUAGGACACUACACUUGAGCGCUGACGCAGAGCGAAGGCCGGAAGCCAAGCGGAGGAGAGAAGAAAAGAAUGCUAGUGGAGCGCAGAGGAAGAAUGGGAACAGGAGAAAGAGGAGAGAGGAAUUAACGCGGUACACAACCUGUCUAGAACUUCUUUGUCACUUCUAUACAGUUUUCUCACUGCCUUUACAAGCCGGAACCACGUCUCGCUCUACGAUAGGAAAAAUACCGCUGCCAACCGGGAAAUGCUGUCCCUUACGACUUAACCCUGAGACGGACUGUGGCUUCAGGCAACAGGAAAUUUACUAUUCUGUUCGCACCUAUUUAGAACCACCUGGCGAGGCCGCGACACAGCGAUUCUCGCCGCGACGUGCGCUGGAGGACCUGGGGCAACAAUCCAAACCAAUAAGCAAUCAACAAGACCUGGAGAGCUAUGAAGGGUUUUGUGUAGAGAGCUAUGUUCGCGAUACUAUCGCACAGUUCUGCGAGAUACCAGCCGCUCGAGGAAAAUUUCACCUAGUUCACCGAAGCUACCGAUAUCCAAGGAAACGAACCGUCAUGUUCCCGACGCUCGAGGCAAAGGCGUAA